AUGCUGGAUUUCCAAAGUACCCCUAAAGUUGAAAAUCCAGUCAAUAGUGAUUUUAACCUGCAUUGCGGCCUAUGCGGCCGCUAUGUUUAUGGUCCUGCGAGAAGAUCUCAAGCCAAGGAAAUCACAGAUGAUGGUUUCCUUAAACCGCCAGUCGAUUUUCCAUUUACUCCACCUCCAAAUCGACAAUCUGAAAUAGCGGCUUUGCUACCCAUCUAUACCUUUCCAUACCCAAGUGGGGAAAAGUUCAUAGAUCUGUGUGUUGAUUGUUAUUAUGAUUGCUCUGCAGUGGCUAUUAAAACUUGCUAUGAAUUAGAGGAAAAGUUUAUAGACUAUUUCCAGCGGGUCACAGGAAGUACAGUGAUUCCUGUGGGUGUUCUUCUGCCUCGUCCUUAUCCUAUGAAACAGAUUGAGAUUCAUGAUGGAAUGCCUGAUUGUUUGAAAUGGUUGGAGAACCAUAGGCCUGGUUCUGUUGUUUAUGUGUCCUUUGGGUAUUUAGAUGAAGGGAUGGAUGAAGUUCAAAGGAGGGUUUCAUCUUCACUGCCUCAAGGGUUUGAAUGUAGAGUGGCAGAAAGAGGAAUGGUGCUGAGUGGGUGGGCUCCUCAGCAGGAGAUUCUGUGUCAUCCAUCAACAGGGGCAUUUGUAACUCAUUGUGGGUGGAGCUCUUUGAUGGAGGGAUUGGGUGCUGGAUUGCCACUCAUUGCUUUGCCCAUGCAUUUGGACCAGGGAUUGAAUGCUGAACUCAUGGUGAAUGAAUUCCAGGUGGGCGUGGAAGUGGAGAGAGGAAGUGAUGGAUCUGUUAGUAGAGGGGAUGUUUGCAAAGCUGUCAAGAUGGUUAUGGAUGAAGAGGAGGGAAGACUUGUGAGGUCUAAAGCUGCAGAAAUGGGAAAUUUGUUGAAGGAAAAAAUGUUGGAUGAUCAGCGAAGCCAUGGAUCUCAAAACAAGUAUGUAGAUGAUUUGGUGAAACUACUUCACAGCUUAAAACAUAAAGCCAGUAAUUGACCCUCUUUUCAUAUUCAGUUGUGGUUGUUGGUAAUGGGAGGCCUGUAUAUCCAUCCAGUAGUGGGUACAGCUGUUAUUCUUCUAAUAUGAAGUGUUGUAAAUCAAAAUUCUGGUGCUCCUAUCCCAGCUAUAACAAUUUACCCUCCUCUUGCUCUCUUAUAAUUGUAAAUAUUAUCUUUUCAUCAUUUAAUAUUAAAGUGAGUCUUUUGUUACUUAAGUAAAAGAUAAGGAGUGGUUGCACUCUCUUGCACAUUUCU